AUGGCUUCCUUACUAUCAUUAUCAGAUAGUUCAAUGCCGGAAUGGUGUCGAAAGCUUCCUCGUCCACAAUAUGCUUCUUUAGAACAAAUUCAUGUUCAACAGCAAUGGUUUCAGGUGUAUAAAGUGUGUUUGGGAGUAUAUGCUAUUUAUGAACCGUAUCAUUGGAAAGAAGUUAUUUCCUACCUAAUUUAUGGUUCACACAAGAAUCUUCUGCUUGAUACGGAAAUGGGUAUUGGAAAUAUUAAGCAAGUAGUUGGUGAACUAACAGCAAAAGACAAUAUUCAAUUACCUCUGAGUGUGAUUAGCUCGCGCACACAUCAUGAUCAUAUUGGUGAUAAUUGGCAAUUUGAAGAUAUCUAUGGAAUUGACACAAACUUUACACGAACAACUAUGCAAGGAAACGACACUGAUGCACAAGCAGAGUUGGAACCAGACAUGGGUAAUAAUCGUCGAUUAGAAAUAUUAACAACACCAGGACAUACACCCGCUUGUAUAUCAUUAUUUGAUGAACAGAAUGGUGUAUUGUUUGUUGGUGAUACGUUUUAUUUAGGUCGAAUUUUUCUUUAUCGAUCAGAAACAAAUUUACAUGAAUAUGCGAAAUCAUUGGAAAAAUUAGCCCAAUUAUGUUCAAAAGUGAAUAAGAUUCCCCGCAGGGUAGGGUAG